GGUCUUCAACUCGUUCAGCGGGAGAAACGCCGAAGAUUCAAUAGUUAAGAGACCGAAAAACGGAGACAAAUGUGAUCUUCUGCAACAUGUUCGAGACAAUAUCUAAUCAUCAAACGUGUAACGGUCCCGGAGAUAAUUAAUUGUGCUCAUCUGGGGAAAGAAUGCGGCGCUCAGCAGCUCCCAGCCAGCUCUUUGGUAAUGCAAUCAAAAAGCCACGGUUUAUACCUCCUGGAACAUCUAACUCAAAUGUGGUGGCUGAAUCAAAACCUCUUGCUCCUAAACUCAGUUUAGGCAAUGCGCUUGAGAAGGUCCAGAGAAGCCUAGCUGUUCCACCAUCAAGUACAAGAAGGCCUGAUGGCCAGACUAAAGCUGUACAGGCUGCUCCAGCCGUGUCCAAGGCCCUAGCUCGUGUCCUUAGUGCAACUGAAACUAAAGAAAAUGAGGCUGAGACAGAAUAUCCUGAUAAUGCUGCCAAAGAUCAUGCAGAAGACAACAUACCAGCAGGAAUGAUAAGUUCCCCCCAGACACCAUCUGCAGGUUCAGGAGCACCGGGCUUGGAGUCCAGGUGCAGUCAGGAUGGUGUGCGUUAUUUCAGUGUGAUGUGGUGUAAAGCCAGCAAGAAGAAACACAAGCUCUGGGAGGGGGACGCCGUCCUGGUAACACGAGGACGCACAGCUACCCUGAAAGAUAUGGAGGGCAAAGAUAUUGGAAAGGGCAGUGGUUAUAAAGUGUCAGAGCUGGCAUCGUUGUCUGAGGGACAGACUCUGAUGAUCGGAGGGAAGGAGGUGGAGGUGAUGGGCAUCAUCUCUGCUGAGGAUUUUGCUCGGGGACGUUGUUUUCAAGAGGUCCAGAUAGAGACAGAGGAGCAAAGUAUGAGAGCAGCUCCACCUGCUGCUCGUCGCUUGGCAUCCACCUUUCUGCCACCGACGCUGCUGGGCAGAGCAGAGCAUCAGGGUCCCAAACCAGAGGACGAACAAACCUGCAGACCUCGCCAUGACCCUCUAGCUCCAGGUGCAUUGGUGAUGCCCCGUCCCUCUCCAAACCACCAGUGGUCCAAUAACACAUUGGGGCUUCCUGUGGUCGAUGUCGUGGUUGAUCCGUACCUGACCGCUCACCUGCGACCCCACCAGAGAGACGGAAUACUGUUCCUAUAUGAGUGUGUCAUGGGCAUGAGAGCUGCUGGACGCUGCGGGGCGAUACUGGCUGAUGAGAUGGGUCUGGGGAAGACACUUCAGAGUGUGGCUCUGUCCUGGACGUUACUGAAACAGGGGCCGUAUGGCGGAAGAGCAGUGGCGAAGCGGGUCCUGGUGGUUACUCCUGGCAGUCUGGUGCAUAACUGGGGAGCAGAGUUUAACAAGUGGCUCGGCCGUGAGAGGAUUAGUGUUUUCACUGUGGAUCAGGACCACCGGAUUGAGCAUUUUAUGGCAUCUCCUCUGCACAGCGUUCUGGUUAUCAGCUAUGAAAUGCUGCUGCGCUGCCUUGAGCAGGUACAGAAAGUGGAGUUUGGUAUUAUAAUUUGUGACGAGGGUCACAGAUUAAAGAACAGCAGCAUCAAAACAUCAUCAGCCCUGAGCAGCCUCAGCUGUAAUCGCAGGGUGAUACUAACAGGCACACCGGUACAAAAUGACCUUCAGGAGUUUUACGCAAUCAUCGAGUUUGUAAAUCCAGGGAUUCUUGGGUCAUCGACCUCUUAUAAGAAAGUAUAUGAAGAGCCUAUCCUUCGCUCCAGACAGCCCUCCUGCACAGAGGAGGAGAGACUUCUAGGAGAGGAGCGAGCAGCUGAGCUCUCUCGUCUGACGGGCAUGUUCAUCCUGAGGCGCACACAGGAGAUCAUCAAUUGCUACCUGCCUCCUCGUCUUGACUGGACUUUGUUCUGUGAACCGUCCUCUCUGCAGCUGGAACUCUACAGACAUCUUCUUUGCCACAGAGUGUUCAGAGCAUGCCUUCAGGCCUCCAUGCAAACUCAAACACACCUGGCCUGCAUUACAGCCCUGAAAAAGCUCUGUAACCACCCGGGUCUGCUCCACUCCACGGUCAAGCAAAAAACAGACUGUGGGUCAAUAGAGACCUCAUUAUACGAGGGCCUGGUUGAACUAUUUCCAGAAUCCUAUUCUUCAGGUGGAUUAAGCACCUCUGAUUCUGGAAAAUUACUCGUUCUGUCGGACCUGCUGACUGCUAUCAGACGUCUCAGCCCUUCAGACAGGGUUGUCAUUGUGUCCAACUACACCCAAACACUCGACAUGCUCCAGGACCUCUUUGUGCAUAUGGGUUAUAACUUCUGUCGACUUGACGGACAAACCCCUACCAGCCAGAGACAGCGGCUGGUGGACGGUUUUAACAGCCCAUACUCUCAGAACUUCCUGUUUCUGCUGAGCUCCAAAGCAGGUGGGGUGGGGCUUAAUCUGGUCGGUGCCUCCCACCUGGUUCUGUACGACAUUGACUGGAACCCUGCCAAUGACAUUCAGGCCAUGGCUCGAGUUUGGAGAGAUGGACAGAAGAAAACUGUACACACCUACAGGCUCCUGACCGCAGGCACCAUUGAAGAACGUAUAUUUCAAAGACAGGUGUCCAAACAGGGGCUUUCUGGGACAGUUUUCGACCUGGGCAAAGGGGCGGAGCACACCAGCUUCUCCAUCAGUGAACUACGAGAUCUCUUCAGCCUGAUGGACACACCCUGUCUGACUCAUGACCUGCUGAGCUGUAGCUGCAGUAUGGAUGGGUCCUCCUCAGUCAUUGUAGAAGAGGAAGAGCAGGUCUCUAAGAGAGUCUGCCAGCUCGGCCGCCGAGGUGACCACAUGGGGGCAACACAGAAGCAUCUGAGCAUGUCCGAACUGAUGCAGUGGAGACAUUUCUCUGGUGACGCACACACUUUUUCGGACCCCUAUCUCGACCAUGCACGAAACCACAUCACCUUUGCCUUCCAGACCACCAUCUCUCACACUAAAGAGUAAACAAAAACACAGUAGACUGAUUGCUUCAGAUGUAACUGUAAGUGGGUUGACUCUCCAAAACCAUAGCACCUUCACACACAAAUAUUUCUCUCUUCUAACUGUUUGUCUUUGGGCUCUCUGGCCUUUGUCUGCAGCCUGGCUACAACAUAUGACUUGACAUUCAACAACUGCCUCAUGCUUAAAAAAUGCCAACGGUCUCACUGUUUCACAGAUGACAGAUGAUUUUCUGGCCCUUUUUGACCAUUUUGUCUUAUUUAUUCAAAGAAAUGUGUUGUAAUAUUUUAUUAAAGUCUCUGUUCAAUUAUG